CAGAUCGUCGAUCUAUCCGCUCAUACUUAGUCAGCCAAUUAAGCUGAUUUGUAGCUUGGUCUAACGUUUGCAGAAGCAGUACGUCGAUCGUAGUAUACUUAAGUAUGGCUUCCCGCAGCUGCUUCUCUGUGGCGUGUGCUGUCGCAGUGAUGGCGUUUGCCAUCUUGGCCACGGCGAGCAAUGCGCAGCCGCUGGACCCUCAUUUCUACGACAAGUUGUGCCCGGCGGCGCUCCCCGCCAUCAGGAAGGUCGUCGAGGAGGCCGUCGCGGUGGAGCCGCGCAUGGGUGCCUCGCUCCUGCGCCUGCACUUCCACGACUGCUUCGUCAACGGGUGUGAUGGGUCCAUCCUGCUCGACGACACGCCCUUCUUCACAGGCGAGAAGAACGCCGCGCCCAACGUGAACUCUGUUCGCGGCUUCGACGUGAUCGAUCGCAUCAAGGACGCCGUGAACGCCGCGUGCAGGGGCAACUUGGUGUCCUGCGCCGACGUCGUGGCCGUCGCAGCACGUGACUCUGUCGUCGCGCUGGGAGGGCCGUCGUACGACGUGCUUCUGGGCCGGAGGGACGCGCGGGGGGCGAGCCAGGGGGCGGCGAACAACAGCAUCCCGGCGCCGACCUUCGACCUCGACCGCCUCGUCUCCAACUUCGCCUCGCACGGCCUUACUGUGCAGGACCUGGUCGUGCUCUCCGGCGGCCACACUCUGGGCUUCUCCCGCUGCACCAACUUCCGCGACCGCCUGUACAAGGAGACAGCCACACUGGACGCCUCCCUCGCCGCGCAGCUCAGGGGCCCCUGCCCGCUCGCCGGCGGCGAUGACAACCUCGCGCCGCUUGACCCGACGCCAGCGCGGUUCGACGGCGGGUACUACGGCUCGUUGCUGCGCAGCAGGGGGCUGCUGCACUCGGACCAGCAGCUGUUCGCUGGCGGCCUCGGCCCCACGGACGCGCUCGUUAGGUUCUAUGGCGCCAACCCGGAGGCGUUCAGGAGGGACUUCAGGGAGGCCAUGGUGAGGAUGGGCGGCCUCAGCCCGCUCACCGGGAGCAGCGGCGAGAUACGCGCCAACUGCAGGAAGGUGAACUACUAGUAUGCGCGCACAACAGGAGGUUUGAGUCAAAUGCAGUGUGUUUCCUGAGACAGAACAUAGUAAAACAGUGUUAUGUGUUUUUUUA